AUGGAGGUUGUAAAUGAACUGUGCGAUUUACUGCAGACUCACGCAAAUAGAGAUAAGGUAGUGGCUUUAGCAAGUUACACGCUAAAACUAUGGGGCUCGACCUCAAAUCGAAAAAAUCUUUUGAAUGCGAGCGCCCGACUCACAAGUGCACGAGCAACUUUACGAAUUUUUGAUGACGCCGCCGUACUUAAAGCAGCUCUUAGUUAUGGAUUGGGAACACAGGAAGGUCCAUGUUGGGGCGCUCUAGGGGUUGCGAGUAAUAUCUUCACACUCUCAUAUCUGCAAGCUGAAAAACUCAUUUUCCUCAUGGACACUGGAAUACUCUCUUUAGAUGAAAAGUUGGAUUACAAAAUAAGAACCGCCCAUAAAACGUUUUGGACCCUGUUUACGGUUAUAGGAUUUGUUAGAUCAAUACGAGCUUUGCACAUUUCGGCCAAAAACUUGAGUGAUCCCGACCGUCCAAAGUGUGCUCCGGCCCGCUUCAAGCAAGCUUCGUUGGUGACCACCAAAUACUUGUUGGACAUUAUCCACGUGGUCAGCUGGCUACCACAAGGAUACUUGUGGGGGGGAGCGCUACAGAAUAAACACACUGCUGGUGUCGCCACAUUAUCGGGAAUCCUUGGUUUGAUAAUACACUAUCGCGGCAAACGGUUAAUGCAACGGAGCUCAUAG